AUGGCGGGGUUGAAUGUGCCGGAACUCGUGUGGACAGACCUGUCGACACCAGCGAGCACAGAAAGUAACGAAUCUAACGACGCUUUCUUUACUCCUCCUCGGUUUAGCUCUCGGAGGUCGGCUCAGAAACUUCGUAAACUAGCUCACCCGCCGCCUUCUUUUCAUGCAUUCUCAGCCGCUCUCGCUGCGAAGCAAGCUGAAUUAUCCUUUAUAGUAGAUCAACCACCGUCCACAGAGAGCUCCAACUUUCCUUUUAUCUUCUCAGAGCCAGCCGCGAGAAGAAGUGCCAGCUCGGAUUAUGAGAGAACCUUCAAAUCCCAGUCGGACUCGGGCCAUAGUUACGCUUAUCCACGUUCUCUAGAUUCUUCUUCUUCAAGACCACUUACUUCUCUAUCUAUGGCUGAUUCACGGACGCCAUUAUUGCGUUCUCUCUCGUCCCUCGGCAUGAGGAAAUCGAUGAAUACCUCGGCUCCCACAAGAAAACUCACGAAACGCAAACCGUCUCAGGUCGAUGGUAACCAGUUCAAGCCUUUACCUAUACCAGAGCCGGAAUCUCUACCAAUGCUUCCUCCCACUCCACCGUCAAAGUCAGUAGAACAGUUCUCAGAUACACCCAAGAGACGUCCGUCGAUCACUUUUGCUUUUACUAUUGCGCUAAAGCGACGAUUGAGUAUGCCCAAGGGCAAGGCAAAACAGGAGCAACAGAUUGAGGAAACGUUGAAAGCCCCUCACAAGACGCGUAGCACGUUCCAUGUACGCUCUGUGACGACAACCCAAUCCUUUAUGCCUUGUUCUAGCACAAACCCCAAAGGAAAGAGCGCGGAAAAGCAUUUACCGUUUCUACCUCCACCUACUCCGCCAGCGAAAGACUCAACAUCAUUCCUGUCACCUUCACGCGUUUCACUGCCAUCCCCAGCAUUGUCAGCCUCGACCACGUCAUCAAAGCUGAAAAAAGAGAGGAAAGACAAGGUCAAGAGUAAGAAGAAGAAAUUCUCAAUCGGUGAAGAUAAUGAUGAUGAUACCAUCGAGGUUCCUGCAGUUCCACCACCACCAUUUCCCCUCUCGCAUGCUCAUUAUGUGUCCGAUCCUCUUCCUCAAUCUUCAUCGACAACCGCAGUAUAUGACCUUAGCUUAGACCAUGAUCCACCGACGACCGUUAUUCCAAUUCCGAAUGAUAAAAAACUACCUUAUCCUCCGCGGCCUCCACUCACCCGUCGACACGAUGGGACCACUGAAACUGACGGUCAUACAUCAGAGAACACGAUAGCUUCUAGCAGCCAACAUGCUUCCAGCAGUAGCUCUAUUGAAGCACGGACGCAACGUCGAUGGACUCUUGCACUUGCAAUGACCUCUGACGAAUUGACUGACGAGGUGUUUGUGGAAAAAGUGGAACGCUUACGGCGGGACUCUGUACGUGUUCCUUUUGAACACGAAACAGCCGAAAGUAAAAGCAGGAGUGUGGAAGGUGUAGGCGGGUUCAGAGGUUGGGAGUUUGGUUACCUUGAUCCUGACUCUGAUGAUGGUUCAGACGGGGAGGAUGAAGGGUAUGAUGAUGAUGAAGGAUUGUAUGAGGGCACUUAUGACAGAGCUGAGAGGUUAAUGCCUGAUUUGUCUCGAUCUCGAUCUGUCUCUGUGAAUAUUGGGCUUCCUCAUUCGGUAUCCUACGUAUCUACCGAGAUAAACCGUCCAAAUCCAGAUCUAGCAAAGGCUUGGUCCUCGGCAUUGCAUGCUAUGCUCAUCACACGAGAUUUGCUGAGGACGGAAAAGAAUUACUUGAAUCAAUUAAGGGUUUUACUCUCCAGCUCCCCUUGUGUGAUGACUCCUGCUGCACAAGCUGUCGCGGAGACAUCAUUUCUGUGGGGUAUCCCCGGCGACUCGUUGCUGUCCUCUUCAGGAGUAGCGUCAACAAUUGGUAUGUUGAAUCUAGCCACAGUGGACUCUGAAAGGUCAACCUCUGCGGCCCUUCCAUGGCCGAAAUAUCCUCCGCCUUCGCUCAUGCACACGUAUCUGCUCUCCCUAAUUGCAUUAUCGCUUUCCCUCUUAUCCGAGUGGGAAAAAGACCCGACUAUAGCUGGUGCGGGUCGGGUGUUGGUCGAGAAGGAAGAAGAAAUCGAGAGGGUGUUUGUGGGUUGGUGUGGUGUUGUUGGAGGGUGGUUUACUCACAAUGACGACGGGUCUGGGAAGAAGGUAAAAUUGCCUAGGGAAGAACCUGGAUUGAAGAGGAGUAGGAAAUUGAGCAAAACCAAAGUUUCGCCGUCGACGUUGUCGAGCUUAUCAUCGCUCACGUCCCAGCCUGUCUCGGCAGCUGUCUCUACUAUAUCCAUGCUCCCCUCCCCUCCUUCGACAGCCGCAUCAUCAUCACCUUCUACGGUCAACCGUCAUUCCGUCGCUCGCAGCUCCACUAUGAGUAUCAAGAUGGCGAAGUGGAGGAAGAGCAUGCCGAACGUACCGGCAUUAAGUGAUCUCACCAUCAAUCCCGAUGCCGCUCGUUCCAACGCGGCAUCUGCUCCGUCUCCACCAAAAUCCGCCGAGCCGCGGGUGAACGGCUUUGAUCAGCAGCGGCAGCAAGAACUACCUCCUCUGCCGAGAUCGGCGUACAAAUCGAAGGAGUGCGCUAGUGUUCGUCGCGCGUCCACGUUCCUCAGCUUGAACAAUCUUGAGAAAGAUUAUGAACAGCGUGGGAGGGGGAGAGAGAAAGAGAAAUUCUUGUCGCCUUCUGAACGAGGGGAAGUUCCUCGCAGUCGAAGCCACGGGGUCCUUCCCCGGGUCAACUGGUCUGAGAAGGGCAAGAAUUCGAUUGGCUUUGGUACUGUCAAGCAGCCUGGCAAUGGUCUGAUUGACUCAAGAGGGCGCAGAAUACACUCUGUUCGCGAGUUAGCCAUUUUGCCGGUUCAGAGGGUGACUAGAUAUGCGUUGCUGUUCCGAGAUCUUUUAAAAUAUACCCCAGCAUCAUCACCAUCACGUCCGCUUCUGGAACAAGCUUCGGAGUCCGCAGCUCGUAUCGCAGCCAAGUGCGACCGAGCACAAGGGAAUGCAGAGUUCUUCUUUGGUGUCUCCGUUACUGAUAAUAUCGGAUGA